CUUGCUUAAACAGUAAAGUUUGAGAGUCUGGAUCUAACAAGACUUUGACAGAACAGUCGCGAGGUUAACCGGAGGAUUCAGCGUUUAAAACUCUUCAUAGCGUCACAAAAGUUUUAUGGAGGGAUAUUACUAAUAAAUUAACAGGAUCCUCUCAAUUGCUGCUGUCUUCUUGACACAGGAAUGGAAAACCAAGAUGAUGAAAUCGAUCAUGGUAUGCCGGACGGUGAUGGGGCGCAUCCAGAAAGAGGAACCCCUUCAACAAAAGGCAAGGGCAAGUUCUCCAACCUGGGCAAUUUCUUUAAGCCCUGGAAGUGGAGGAAGAAGAAAAGCAGUGAUAAGUUCAAAGAAACUUCAGAAGUGCUGGAGAGGAAGCUGUCGGUGAGGAAGCCCAAGCAGGAGUUGAUAGAGCGAGGGUUACUAAAGGACUUCCCAGAGAAUGUCUUUGUUUCAGAGUCUAACAGUGUGAGUCAUCCUAAAGGUACUUUAGUGAAGAACGGCCAAAAAGCUUCAUUGACUGGAGACCGCAGGUCGGAUAAUCCAUCAGAUGUCAAGGGAUCAUCACGGCCACCAACAGAAUAUCAGAGAAAUAGCCUUGCACCGGAACCAGAGCGUCGCAGCAGAUUACCCUCAGAUGUUAGUCGGAACAGGCAACCUUUGGAUGUGGAUGCUCGAACCCGGUUACCACCUGAUACGGACCGCCACAGCAGAUUGCCCUCAGACACGGAGAAGCAAGCAGGAUCGUUACCAAGAGAGCGACUCGGACACGAUGACAGAAAAUAUCGAAAGGAUGAAAGAGAGGAGAAAGAAAGUAAGGACAGAGAUAGGAUGGACAGAAAAGAUGACAGGGAAGGCCACAGAGAGGACAGAGACAGACGAGAGAGAGAGAGGAGGGAUACAAGGCCAGAUAAAGAUGACUGUCAAGAAAGAAGCGAUCGAGAUGAACGGGACAAAGAGAAAAGAAGUGACCAGGAGAAACGGGAAGAGAAAGACUGGAAAGAAAACAGGGACCGAAAACCAUUAAGAGACCGGAAGGAAGAUCAGAAAAAAGUAGAUGAGCCAAAGAGAGAUGAUCGAGAAGAACGGGAAAGACGCAUUGAAAGAGAAAAAAAAGACACCCGGAGACCAGAGCCUGUGAAACAGGUGUCUGAUGGAAAAUUAGUACGGCCUCAUUCAGAAAUGGACAUUCGACCUAGUCUUCAGAAAAGCUCAUCUGAAACUGGACUAAAGGUCCGACCAGUUUCUGAAGCCGUGCAGAGCAGCACACUGCCAAGAAACACACCCCUUGAGGACGAGCUGAGAGCACGAACAGGAUCAGUGGGAGUGCGGUUUACUCCUGAGCCCAAAUCUGGAGUUAUCUCAGCAAGAGACACACAGCCACACACUAAACAGGCCAUCCUCCCACCCAAAUGGCUCAUGGCUGCUUCCUCCCCCAAUGAGGCUGCUCAAGCCCCAUCCUCAUCUUCCUCCUCUUCCUCUUCUUCAUCGUCGUCAUCAUCCUCAUCCUCUGCUCCACCUAUUGCAAAGCCGCCUCCCCGGACUGUGUCUUUAAAUGUUGAUGAUUCUCGCAGCAAUAUAGCUACCCCAUUAACUCAAGGUGACCAUGACAACCCGCCCGCUGUGCCCGCCCACUCCACCCAUCCGCCAUCAACUGCCAUCGCUGCUCCUAAACAGCCACCAAUGCCCCCUCCGAAACCUUCACAAGUGGAUCCCUCUCAAGCUACAGUGCAAGCCAAGCCAUCUCCUCCUAUCCCUCCAAAAAGAAUGACACCUGUAACCAAACGUCAUUCAGAUGACUCCUCUUCCGGUCAGCCUCAGCCUUCGUCUACAGUCCCCGCCCCUGUUCCAGACCCCUCUCCACCUUCUGUCCAGUCUGACGACAGCAGAAACGUAAGCUCUGGGGCGCUCUCUCCUCCACCAAACCAUAUCCCUCCAUUCCCUCAUCGUACCCAGCUGCCCCCUGUAAUCCUUCACGUGGACCCGCCGAGCCCCACCACAGAGCCGCCCUCUCAGCCUCCUCUACCUCUGCACAUACGCAUCCAGAAAGCCUUAAACAGUCCAGGGCCGGUCGUGCCCAACUCGGACGGAACUAAGCGAGCUUACUCACUUCUGUUUGAGUCACCACCAGAUUUCCUCACAGAAGCCCCAGGAGGAGUGAGAUACUCCCUCCCUGUUACUAUUGAACCUCUUAGACUGCCAGAGGAUGAUGACUUUGACAUGGAAGAAGAACUCCAGAAGCUGCGACCCGUUCCUUGUCCCACACGGAGAGUGGAGCUUGAGCCAGGAAGCCGGCGGGGUCUGGUGGGAGAUCAUCGGGUCUCUGUCAUUCCUGAGGGACCUGGAAACAGUGAGAACGAGGAGGAGUCUGACUCAGAUGGACCCAUCAAUUAUAAAAGCGAUGAUGAUGAGGAGGAGGAUGAGGAUGUUCCAAGUGGUCUUGCAAGUCGCGUACAGCGCAAGGAUACUCUGGCACUGAAGCUGGAGCGCCAGCAGGAGAAAGAGCAGUCACAGGAUCAGGAGAACGACACCUGGAAGAGCAAAGAACAGUGGGAGGAAAUUCGCAGCAAGAUCGGCACCACACUCACAAGGAGGUUGAGUCAGAGACCCACUCCACAAGAACUUGAGCAAAGAAACAUCCUGCUAGCCAAGAAUGAAGCAGACCGAAGGGCAGAGAGAAGCGAGAUCAAACGCAGGCUUACCAGAAAGUUGUCACAAAGGCCCACAGUUGCUGAGCUUCAGGCCAGAAAGAUCCUACGCUUUCAUGAGUAUGUGGAAUGCACUCAUGCUCAGGACUAUGACCGGCGUGCAGACAAACCCUGGACCAAACUCACACCUGCCGACAAGGCUGCCAUAAGAAAAGAGUUGAAUGAGUUUAAGAGCUCAGAAAUGGAAGUUCAUGAGGAGAGCAAAAUAUACACGAGGUUUCAUCGGCCAUGAUGUCUGUCUCUAAGGAAGAACCCUGAACAAAUGGAAACUGCCCCCAGCUCCUCUAAAAGCCUCCAGCUCACUGUACCAUCCUGUUUCCUACUAAUGAGUGCUCAGGCCAGACACUCAGUGCUAUGGAGAAAGAAAGAAAGAAAGAAAGAAAGAAAGAAAGAAAGAAACAAAGAAAGAAAGAAAGAAAGAAAGAAAGAAAGAAAGAAAGAAAGAAAGAAAGAAGUGAUUCAGGAGGGUGUCAGACACUGGUACUUCAUUUCAAACAUUAAUUAAGGAGCAAUCUUUGAAUGCUAUUGCUCUGAAGUGUUGAUGAUUCCCAUGUGCCAGAUCACUUUGUUUUGUGGUGAGAUCUAUACUGGAGAAUUUUUGGGGAUAAGUCAACGGGGGACUGUGUAGGUUGGGGUGUUUUUUUUAAACUGUCCUUACGGUACACAUUUUUGGUGAACAAGAAGAGACUUUUAUUACAAUUAAAAAUGACAAUAAUAUUUUAUGAAAAUGUUGACACUGACGAAAUUUUGUGACAAUUAUAACACUGGUGAUAAACAGACUGUUUUAGUAGUGAGUGAUUUUGAGAAUGAAUGUAUGUCUUUAUUGAUUGGCCUUAACACUGAUACUACAUGAUUUUUGUACCCAGAUGUAUACUGUAUAACACUGUUUUCUCACCCUGGACACGCACUGUGUGUAUUUGAAAUCAUCUUUGACAUUCUCAGGACAGCAGCACAUGGUACCACUUUAUCUCAUGUUCAUUUUAGUGGGCAUUUAUUAUGACGCUUGAACUCUUUCAUAUAGAUGAACCAGUGUCUGUGAUGUCUUUGUUCUGUUUUUAUAUUUUUAGCAAUACUGAACUUCACUUUGGAUAAUGUCAGGGUGAAUCUCACGAUGAACUAGGUCAUAUUUCACCCUAAAAUCAAAAAAGAAAGAAAAUAGAAUUAGAUAUUGCACAAUAAAAAGCACAAGGGCCAUAUUUGUAAAUAUUUAGCAUUAUGACAAUUAAGCACUUUUUUCCUUAGACAUAACUGUAAUGACAGUCUAACAAGAAUCCACACUGACGCUUCCAUGCAGCUUCUGAAAUAAAGUGAAAUGUCCAGAUGCAUUACAAUAAUAAAAUGUCAUCUGGAAAUUAGCUCCAUGUGUGUGAUCUUUUUUUAUAAGCAAAAAUAGUCAAUUUCUUUUGAUUUUUGGGUGAAGAUAAUUUAAUUUAAAGGUUUUGUGAGAUUCAUUCAGCUGUAGUUGAGGACAUUUGAUGCUGUACAGUUCAAAACGCUCUUUGAUUUGAGUCUUGCGUAAGUUUUUGAGUUGUUAAAAAAAGCUAAUUUCCACUGUUGGCUUUAUGGUACACUGGUGUUUAUUUUUCAUUGUAUAGAUAUAUGUUGCAGAUUGAUGGUAUAUUUUGUGGUAUUGUAUAUCUUGUCUAACCAGUAUCAGAAAUAUUUUAAGUUUUUAUUAAAUUUUCAUUAAAAUACACUAUCUUGUUUUUAUAAAGAGCAAAGACAUGACUACAGAUUCAGUAAUUCGGUACAGAAAAUUAAAUAUUUUAUUCCUCUGCUGUAUAGUUUUUAUUUUGUUGUUGUAAAUUUAAAGAUAUAUAAAAGGUAUUUCAAGUAACGUACAAAUUGUUCACUUUUAAUUAAAACUUAAAACAAU